AUGACGCGGUCAUUCUUGAUCCCAUCUCGCGAUGGCUCGGUGACCGAGGUGCAUAUUGAAGAACCUGCGCUGAGAGCGCAGAAUUUGACUCUCGUUACAUGGACCUCGAGUUUCAUUCUCGCUAGCCUCCUCCACAAGCUUGAUAUCAUCGUCUCAUCACGCUCUAGGGUUCCGGUCUUAGAGCUAGGGGCAGGUACAGGCUUGGUAGGCUUAACGGCCGCUUCUUUGUGGGAGCAACCUGUGUAUCUGACCGAUCUUGCUCCUAUUCUGCCCGCACUGUCGACCAACAUCAGCCUGAAUUCCGCGCUCGUCAAAAACCUGGUUAACUGCGGAUCUCUCGACUGGAAUGAACCUGAUUUUCUCUUUACUGGGGAUGGAGAGAAGAUCUCGGCCGAUCAGGAUAAAGCCCAAGUUAUCCUUGCAGCGGACACGAUGUAUUCGGAAGACCAUCCGGAAUUGCUGUCCAAAGCCAUAUUCAGGUGGCUAGCACCUGGUCCCUCGGCACGCGUGAUAAUGACUUGGGCCAUGCGUGUAGCUUACCUCGACCAGAUCCGAGAGAUAUGGGCAAUCCUCGAGGCUAAGGGGCUAGAAUGCAUUUUGGAGGGAAGAGAACAAGCCACCGACGAUAGUUGGGACGAUGAAGGUCUUUGCGAGUGGAGUGUCUGGCAGUGGAAGCCCACCUGA